AUGCAGGCAGGCGAGGAGCCACAGGAGGAGGCCGAGGAGGAAGCACUCGUCCAGUAUGGCGAUGCCGAUGUCGACGAGGCAGGGGAGUUGCUUGCCGAGACGGCAGAGGAGGAUCUCCAGGUCGAGGCGGAAGCCGAGGAGCUCUCGGAGCCCUUGGAGCCGUUGGAGCUCCUGAAGGAGGCCGCCUCCUCCUUUGGGGCCGCACCAAGCGUAUUUUGGGACCUGUCGUCUCCCUGCAUUCAUGCCCAGGCAGAGGAGCCUCCUGGCGAGGGUGGGGAGGUUGGGGAGCUGUGUGUUACCUGUGCUGGCAAACAGACCUUUACAACGCCAUGUGAGCAUGUUGACAAAACACAAAAACCCAAUCCAGACCAAACAGAUCGUCAGCACAUGUUCAAGGCCUUCGACGAAACAAGCUGGUGUGAUUCAUUGAACCGAUGA